ACAAUAUGAAACAAUUCCUGAUGACCCGCAUUUGGAAGGUCACUUCCAUUCUCCCGAAAUUAUUAGGGAUAUAGUAUUGGGAUUAAGUGAUGGUUUGACUGUUCCUUUUGCGUUGGCUGCAGGUCUUUCUUCCCUAGGAAAUAAUCAUUUAGUAAUAACCGGUGGUCUUGCUGGCGCCAUUUCAAUGGGUUUAGGCGGUUAUUUGGCUGCAAAAUCAGAUGCAGAUCAUUAUGAUACAGAAAGGCUUAGAGAAGAAUGGGAGGUUCAAAAUUGUCCUGAUGCUGAAGCACAAGAAAUUAUUGAUAUAUUAGCACCGUACGGAUUGGAUGUCGCGACUUUGACUCCUAUAAUUGAAAAGUUAGCGUCCAAUCCAGAAAAAUUUGUUGAUUUUAUGAUGAAAUUUGAAUUGUGCCUUGAGAAACCAGAUCCUUCUAGAUCAUGG